UACCGUAAUGCUAUAUAUAUAUGAAUCACUAUAUAUGAGAUUCCACUGAGCUUGUUUGUAAGUCUUGAGUGAAAUUGGUUGGGUUUAGACGAUCAACGCUGACACAGAUUUGACACAGAUUCCACGGCCGGGUCCACGACAUGAUCGAGCGCCUGCAUGCCACUCUUGGCGGCGCCGGAAACGGUUGAGGCGUUGAGCGUGCGCGUGGCGAGCAGGAGCAUCUGCCGCGUGUUUAAUUAAUUUCCACGCGCGAGCUAUCUGAUGCCUGAUAGCAGACGUUGUGGCAGUUGCAGAACCCCGCCAAAGACGCCCAACCCUUUAGAACCAUUGGUCAAUGGAUCCAGUUGGAUGCAUCUGUGCUGCGUUGCCAGAUCUCACCUUGAUCGGAAGGCUGUCGUCGUCGUCCUCGCGGUCGAGGCCAACGCUUGGUGAACUCCAAGGGCAGCAGGCCCGUCUUUCUGAUGGCGGCCAGGUCGACGACGCUGGGGGCGGCGGACUUCCAAUCCCAGGCCGAUGCGCUCUUCAGGAAAAACCUCGCCAUCCACAGGCGCGCUUGCAGGGGCAACUGCUACCUCAUCCUGUUCCCGGUGCUCGUCUGCGGCAUGGUCGGCGGGCUGCAGACGUUCAUGGACAGCCUGUUCAGAAACCUGGGCGGCGUCAAGCCCGACUGCAAGGGCUGCGACGGCGGCGGCGUGAUGCGGCUCAGCGAGGACGCCGUCGGGGGCCUCUCGUGCUCCCAGUCCUGCCCGCUGCCCGUGGCCCAGCGAUGGCCCGUCGUGCUGCUGCUUCCCGGCGGCAAGGGGGAUGCCGCCCUUAACUUCUCCGCCCUCAUGGAAACGGACAAUAAACCGCCGCCGUGCGUCAGCCCGGAGUCGUGCACGCCGCCGGCCAAGUUCCUCGUCACCGGCGCCAACAAGUCAUUCGCACAAAGUCUCACGGGCAACAUGUUCCCGCCACACGCCUCGCCGAACUUGACGGCUGACAUUUCCGGCUUGGCUGAUUAUGCGCUGGCAAUUGAUGGAACAGGUUUUGGCACUAAAACUUAUGAAGCCGCCUUUGACAUUGCGGCCCUUUAUUUUCUUCAGAGCAAAUGCACUCCAAAAUCAACACUUUCUUUCCCGGUCCAGCACGGUCCAAAAAUGGACAACAAAGAAGCAAGAUGUAGUCAAGCAUUGUUUGAAUGGCGAGAAAAUUCAAUAGUGAUAAACAAUGAAUUGUAUAAAGGCUUCAGAGAAAGCAAGGCCACGGAAAGGAUAGAGAACACUAACGACAUUGUUUCAGCAUAUGAUCUCACAAGCUCAGACCUCAAGCACUAUAACAUGAUUGUCCAAUACAAUUCUGAAAAAUCAAACAUGCUUCGGGUUGCGCGCUUAAUGAAUCUGGCCUCAAAUGCAUACCUUCAGUUGAGGGGUAAUGGUACUAAGAUGCGAUUUGGAUUUGUUAAAGACAUGCCUAGAGAUGGUCACCCUCUUAAGGCUCCUGAUAUGUCUUUUAUAGUUGGGAAGCUGGUUUUUAUACAGAUUAUAAUGCUCCUUUUCCCGGUCAUCCUGAGCAGUUUAGUGUAUGAGAAACAACAGAAGCUAAGGGCUAUGAUGAAGAUGCACGGUUUAGGUGAUAUGGCAUAUUGGACUAUAUCCUAUUGCUACUUCCUUCUUAUAUCAUUACUUUAUAUCUUCUUGCUGGUUACAUUUGGCGCCACUGUUGGUAUAAAGUUAUUUGCAGUGAAUAGCUACAUGCUACAAUUCUUAGUCUAUUUUAUCUACAUGAAUUUGCAAAUUUCAUUUGCUUUCUUUACGACAACAUACUUUUCUACCACCACAAUUGCUAAUGUAGCAGGACAUCUCUAUGUUACUGGGUCUGGUUUUAUAGGAGAAUAUUUGUUCAGGCCUUUUGUCGAAGACACAUCUGUCCCUAGAAGCUUGAUUACGUUGAUGGAGUUCUUCCCACCCAUUUCUUUGUACCGCAUAAUCUAUGAGCUCUCUCCACCUCCAUCAGAGGGAUUUUUUUCAGACUUCUCCGGAGUACACUUGGGAGACUUAAGUAAUCCUAAAAAUGGAAUUUUAGUUCUCCUAAUCAUAAUGGUACUUGAGUGGCCUAUAUUUAUUUUCUUGACAUUAUAUUUGGAUGAAUUUGGUUGCCUCCGAAAUGGAAUUAGAAAGUUGUUGACAGCUUCUCGCCCCGACGGGAGCUAUCAGACCCUUCAGAAGCCAUCCACACAACCUCAGGAAUUUGAAGCUUCAAUUGAAAUUGACAGGACAGAUAUUUUGAGAGAGAGAGAGAUAGUUGAUAGAUUCUUGAAACAACCAGAUACCAGUUAUUCAGUCAUAAUUGAUAACAUUAGGAAAGUGUACCCUCCAAAAGAUGGAAAUGCAGAGGUAGUUGCUGUCAAAGGCUUCUCACUUUCUAUCCAACGCGGACAAUGUUUUGGACUUCUUGGUUCAAAUGGUGCUGGAAAAACCUCUCUCAUUAGCAUGCUUACUGGGUUUACUAAACCUACAUCUGGCACGGCUUAUAUUGAUGGAAUGGACAUACGAACGGACAUGAGCGAGAUUUAUACAAGAAUAGGUGUUUGUCCACAAUUCAACUUGCUAUGGGAAACAUUGACUGGCCGUGAGCAUUUGAUGUUCUAUGGCAGACUAAAGAGAUUGAAUGGUGCUGCAUUAUUUGAGGCUGCAGAACAAUCUCUAAAAGCACUACAGAUAUUUGAGGGUGGUGUUGCUGACACUCUGGUUUCACAAUACAGCGGUGGCAUGAAACGUCGUCUCAGCGUCGCUAUAUCCCUGAUCGGCGACCCUAAGGUGGUUUACUUGGACGAACCAAGUACAGGAUUGGAUCCAGCAUCAAGGAGUGCCUUAUGGAACGCUCUGAAGUUUGCCAAGAAGGACAAAGCCAUAAUCCUCACAACUCAUUCCAUGGAAGAGGCUGAGGCUCUAUGCGACCGGAUAGGAAUAGCCGCCUAUGGACGUCUCCGGUGCACCGGAACCUCCAAAGAGCUGAAGGCGAAGUACGGAGGCACAUUGGUGUUCACGGUGACGGUGGCGGCGGCGGCGGGCGAAGACGAGGACGAGGCGGUGGAGCGGCUGGUCCGCUCCAUCUCCCCCGCGGCGAAGCGGACGUACCACAUCGCCGGGACGCAGAAGUUCGAGUUGCCGAAGCAGGGGGUGAAGAUCGCCGAGGUGUUCCGCGCCAUGGAGCAGGCCAAGCGCUCGCUCAAUAUCGCCGCCUGGGGCCUCGUCGACACCACGCUGGAGGACGUCUUCAUCAAGGUUGCUUGCUGAUCCAGGAGAGUACGUGCGGUGUGCGUGCAUGACAAGUGCGUGCGUGUGCUGCGCUGCGUCACUGCGUGGAGCCGGCCGGCCGGGAUAGCUCAUCGUAGGAUGAAAAUGGAACGAAAAUAUUCGGUAUGGAUCGUUUUCGUUUUCUAUAUUAUAAUAUCGUUUUCUAUAUUA